AUGCUCACAUUGCUUCAGAUCCUCGAAAUGCAAACCGCUCCCUUUCGCUACGAGCUAGGUGACGGCCACACCUAUGACUUUGUACAAGGCGUUUUUCACGUGCCCUUGGAUCCAGAAUCCAAAGAAGUCUUCCCAACGGAAAAGGACGGCUUCUCGUACUUCAAUCUCGACCCCUCCGCCGCCUCGUUGCAGCCGGUCCAAGACCUCGAGGACUUCAUCGCCACCGAAGGACCCUACGACGGCAUAAUCGCCUUCAGCCAGGGCAUCAUCGUCGCCUCGACCUUGAUCCUUCGCAGCAUCCAGGAAGGCCGAUCCUCGCCCUUCAAGUGCGCCAUCUUCUUUUCUCCGCGACUAGGCGCGAUGGACUACGCGGAGUUUCAAAGAAGCGGUCAAGUCGGCGAAAUCGACUUUGACGCGCACCAGGGUAUCAUUCCUGUCCCUACGGCGUUAAUCUGGGGCCGUGAGGAUCCGGAUCGGGGCAAAGCAGCGCAACUGCAGAAACUGUAUCCACGGGAUCGGCUUUUCAGUUAUGAGCAUUCCGGCGGUCAUACGGUGCCCGGGGCGGGGCGGAAUAUAGAUUUGCUGAAGAGUGUCAAUGUGGCGCGGCGGGCAAUUGAAACUGCGAUGCAGGGACAUUGAAGCAUGGUCCGUAGGUACUACGAAAAGUCGUUGUUCUUACUUACGAUGGUA